UUUAACUGUUAACCGAUAGGCUCUCUGUGUAUAUUGAAGAAUGAACAAUGAACAGGUUUUUAUUUGAGGACAUCGCGUAUGAUGUUGUGGCUAAUUUGCUAAUUGCUAGCUAACGUUAGUUAGCUUUGCGACGUUAGCUGUCAAGAAGCCUCGCCUGCUCUUGGUGCUGGUAGCUAUCCGCAGGCAAAACCCCCAAAUAUAUUGAUUUUUAAUGUCCACCUUACUAUUUUAGAUCAUUUCGAAAAGAAUCUGCCCUGGCGGUGUAUUCCUCUCUACCCAGAGUGCUUGUGGAAUGGCAGCAGUUUGGCAGCAGGUUUUGGCAGUGGACGCAAGGUACAAUGCUUACCGCACGCCUACGUUCCCACAGUUCCGAACUCAAUACAUCCGCAGACGCAGCCAGCUGCUCAGAGAGAACGCCAAGUGUGGCUUUGAGCCGGGGCUGCGCAGGCAGUACCUGAGGCUGCGCAGUCAGCUGCUGGCCCUGCGCUACGGGCCCCUGUCUGAGCAGAGCAGCUUCAGGGCCAGCAGUGUGCGCAGCUCCCGCACCACACUGGACCGCAUGGAGGACUUUGAGGAGGACCCCCGCACCCAAGGGGCUCGUGGUCACCGCCGAUCUGUCAGCAGAGGUUCUUACCAGCUACAGGCCCAGAUGAACAGAGUUGUCUAUGAUGAGAGGCCUCCGGGCAGUUUGGUGCCCACCUCAGUGGCAGAGGCCAGUCGUGCCAUGGCAGGAGACACAACUUUGAGUGAAAACUAUGCUUUUGCUGGCAUGCACCACAUAUUUGAUCAACAUGUAGACUCUGCUGUUCCGCGGCUGCAGUUUGCCAAUGAUGACAAACACCUCCUCGCCUGCUGCUCGCUGGAUGGCACCCUGUCCAUCAUGACGCUGUCCCCAUCUCCUCCCAGUGUCAAGGUGACCUUAACAGGUCACGGAGGUCCCGUCACAGACUUUGCUUGGUCUCUGAGCAAUGACAUCAUUGUGUCGACAUCACUCGAUGGGACUCUGCGUAUCUGGAACACGGAGGAUGGUCGGUGCAUCCGAGAGGUCAGAGACCCUGAAUCCAGCGAGUUGCUCUGCUGCACCUUCCAGCCCAUGAAUAACAAUCUUACUGUGGUGGGAAACAGCAAGCACCACCUGCAGGUGGUGAACAUCUCCACUGGGAAGAAGGUAAAGGGGGGCUCCAGUAAGCUGACAGGCCGCGUGCUGUCUCUGUCCUUUGAUGCUCCGGGGAGGAUCCUUUGGGCUGGUGAUGACAGGGGGAGCAUCUUCUCCUUCCUCUUUGACAUGGCCACAGGGAAGCUGACCAAAGCCAAGCGUCUGGUGGUGAGUGAAGGCAGCUCCAUCUGCAGCAUAUCUGCUCGGUCCUGGAUUAGCCGAGAGGCCAGGGACCCCUCCCUGCUGGUCAACGCCUGUGUGAAUAAGCUGCUGCUAUACAGGGUGGUGGACAAUGAUGGUACGCUACAGCUAAAGAGAAGCUUCCCGAUCCAGCAUGGAUCCCAGCUCGUUCACAGCAUCUUCUGCCCCCUCAUGUCUUUCAGACAGGGGGCCUGUGUGGUAACUGGCAGCGAGGAUGCCUGUGUCUACUUCUUUGACGUCGAACGCAACACCAAGGCCAUCGUGAACAAGCUACAGGGCCACGGGGGACCAGUGCUGGAUGUCAGCUUCAACUGUGACGAGAGUUUGCUGGCGUCUGCCGAUUCCACCGGCAUGGUCAUCAUCUGGAGGCGGGAGCAAAAGUGACUGACCUACCGAUAAGAUGCUUCCAUCCACUGCAUAUGAUAGGCCUGCUGCUCCAUGUCCGUCCUAUAACAAGUCUGUAGAUUUUCACUGGAAUGUAACAGGCUGCAUUUAAUGAUACUCAAGUGCAAUCAGAUAGAACACCAUGUUGUGUAGGUGGCAGGGAUGUCUUAGAAAUUCAAAGGGUGGGGGGAUGGUGUGUGUGUGUGUGUGUGUGUGUGUGUGUGUGUGUGUCAGUCAGUACUCCUACAGCUGCAGCUGAGAAAUUGCUUUUCAACAAACAAACAAAGAACACUACUCCCAUGCAUGUGUCAUGGCUUACCUCUGACUUGUACGGAUAUGACUGAAUUCAUGUGAAGAGGAUCCAACGUAAUCUUCCAGAGAAACCAGAUACUUUAUAUCACACUGACAGUCCCUCUGGCAUAGAUCUAGUUCACUAUUUAUGUAACUGUUAUUCAAGCAGUGUAACCAAGUGUAGUAAAACUGCCUUAUUUGCUAUCAGUUCUGCAAUUGCCUGUUUGCAUUUGAGACCGUGCGCAUGACAUUGAACUUGGAAUCAUUUGGUGGGAAUAUCAAAUUGAUCACAAAAGACAAGUGUGUUCUUAACUAUGUGUUUGUACUUAUCUGUGUGUGUGUGUGUGUGUAUGUGUGGGUGUGUGUUCAGUUCAUGCUGGUUGCAGAUUCGUCUAAUUUAUUUAAUGCACAUUCAGAAUAAACUACUGUAACUGUCA